UGCGCUGGCGCCACUUCCCUCGACCCUCUCUAGAUGGCGCACGCUGCUACGUGUUGAGCUGGUGGGCUGCAGAGCGGCAGUGGGGCUGGUCGGGGGCUGGCUACUGGCUGCUCGCUGCUCGCGGGGGCUCCGUGGCCGUGAGUGUGCUCGAGGGGAACUUAAAAAAAACUUCGCUGCGCAUAUCCAGCGCAUUUUAGCGAGCGGACGCUACGUCGGAGGAGGCUCGGCCAGUCCAAAACGGUCUUCGACGGAGCGGGUUCUCCACAGCAUUGAUUUCCGGCCAACAUGGAUGAUUUGGCAGGCUGUUUUGUGUUGGGAAAACGAAGAAUAAGUUCCAAGUUUGUGUGAAAGCAAGACGAGUGGACCGAAGAGAGAAAGGCCCGGUGUGGUCAUUUAAGUCGAUGUUGCCUUCAGAUGCUUUGUUAGCGGACCUUGAGACCACGACAUCCCACAUUUCAAAAUGUCCACUUUUCCUGUCUGAUGAGACUGCCUACGCUCUCCCUGUCGGGGGCCAAACCGAAAAAGAUAUCCGCUUUUCACCCCAAGGCCCACCCAUUCCCUCUGAGAAAACGCUCAAUGGAGUACAGGACAGAGAUGAAAAUAUUUCUUCAAUCGAUAGCAGCAGUCCACCUCAAGUCCCUGGAGAAGAGGACCAUGUAUACAGUUUCCCAAAUAAGCAGAAGAGCAGUGAACCUUCACCUGCCAUGAACCAGUCCUUUGGCAGCAACCUGUCAGAGUUGGACCGCCUGUUGCUAGAACUCAACACUGUCCAGCAAAGCACCCCCGCCUUCCCAAAUGAAGAAGAGACAGCCCCACCUCUGCCUGCCAGCAUUGUGGUCCACAAUAUUCAGGCGAAUGGAGUGCCGGUUUCAUCCCAGGUCUCACCACCUGUGUUGGAGAACCCCAAACACAGUUCUACGGUCCGAGGGAUAGAGGACGUACGACCCAGUGUGGAGAGCCUUCUGGAUGAGCUGGAAAGCUCUGUGCCCUCACCUAUGCCUACUUCAUUGGUGGUGUCAGCUGGGCAGAUUGAUGGACAAGACGGAACACAAGCACAGCAACAAGCAAGGAUGUCUGCGUCUUCUGCCACACGAGAGCUGGAUGAACUGAUGGCCUCCUUGUCGGACUUCAAAGUCCAAAGCAACAUCCAAUCACAGGGAAAGACGUCUCCCACUGGGCCACCAAAGCCAGCAAAUAAACUGGACAACAUGCUGGGAAGCCUGCAGUCAGACCUUAACAGACUAGGCGUCCAAACUGUGGCUAAGGGCGUCUGUGGUGCCUGCAAGAAACCCAUAGUUGGACAGGUGGUGACUGCCAUGGGUAGAACGUGGCAUCCUGAGCACUUUGUGUGCACCCACUGCCAAGACGAGAUUGGCUCCAGAAACUUUUUUGAGCGUGAUGGACUACCUUACUGUGAGAAAGACUAUCACAGCCUCUUCUCACCAAGAUGCCACUACUGUAAUGGACCCAUACUGGAUAAAGUGGUGACUGCUUUGGACAAGACUUGGCAUCCUGAGCACUUCUUCUGUGCCCAGUGUGGAGCCUUCUUUGGACCAGAAGGGUUUCAUGAGAAGGAUGGAAAGGCAUUCUGCAGGAAGGACUAUUUUGACAUGUUUGCGCCGAAGUGUGGAGGCUGUGCACGGGCAAUUCUGGACAACUACAUCUCUGCACUCAACUCACUCUGGCACCCUGAAUGCUUUGUUUGCAGGGAAUGUUUCACGCCGUUCAUAAAUGGCAGCUUCUUUGACCACGAGGGUCAGCCGUACUGCGAGGCGCACUACCACGAGCGGCGUGGCUCGCUGUGCUCAGGGUGCCAGAAGGCCAUCACGGGCCGCUGCAUCACAGCGAUGGGCAAGAAAUUUCACCCAGAACACUUUGUGUGCGCUUUCUGCCUCAAACAGCUCAACAAGGGCACCUUUAAGGAGCAGAACGACAAGCCCUACUGCCACGGUUGCUUUAUUAAACUCUUCAGCUAGACACCUUUCCUUGCUCGUCAAAAUGCACACAAAGGGUGUUUUUGUACACUGAAGAGAUUUUCUUGCCUGUCCACUUUCUCAGGCUUUUUGCUAAAGGUGUUUUAUCAGCCCAAAGAGAUUUUUGUUUAGGGUUUUAAUCCUCUCUAGCAACAAAAUAAUACAAAUGUCCCUUUGUUUGUAGAAACAAAUGCAUAUGAGGGUGUUUUUUUUUAAUUAUUUUUUUCAAUUUCCUGUACAAAAUGUUUGAUUCUCUCAGUGCAGGACAUUGUCUAACAUCUCUAGCAAGCAUGGCGCUUGGAGAGCAGUUGUGACACUUUCAUGGCCAAUUGGUGUGAACAAUCAUGAACAAAUCUCCAACCACAGUUCUUGUUUUUGCACUGUCCAAACACAGAUUUCUUGAUGAGACUGUCAUACUGCGGAUUUUACCAUUUAAUGUGGCUUUUGUUUUUCUCCUCUCUAAUUACAUGUAAGAAAAGGAUCAGAUGUUUCUAGUGGCUUCAGGUGCUUGGGUAGGUACCGUACUCAAAGUGGAAUCUGUGUUUGUUGCCUAAUUACUGGUGACUCUUCACAAAUCAGUUAAUCACUGAUGGAAUAUUUUCUUUCUAAUCUAGAGUUCACUUAGAAAUAACCACGCUUACUGAUGUCAACUUUCAGUCCAAUUUAAAAAAAAAAAAUAAAUAAAUCAGAUCUCACCUCUGUAUUCAUGCACAAUUUCUAAAAGGAACAUUUUUAUCACAAAUAAUUAAUCUGUUCAUCAUUAACUCUUACAAUUGUGAACCUAUCACUAUUGAAUACAAAAAGAUUGGUUUAUGCCACAGCAUGCUACUGUUGUUUUAAAAGCAGUAAAAGCCAGCUGUCAAAAUCAGAAUCAACAGUCAAUUUAUAUCUAUGUAAUAUUCUUGACCGUGUGACAGAACUGUGUUUUGUCGUUGUUUCGAAGAAAAUAUAUAUUUCUAACUUGCUACGGAGCUGGCUCUACUGACAUGCAGGCCUAUGGUAGUCCAGCCUGUCUCUACCAUGUACAUACAAACACACUUUUACCAGCAGGUGGUUAAAAGAAAACCCAGUGCUCAAUAUUUUUUACCACAAAGCUCGAUCUCUGAUGAUGUUACAAGUGCCAAAUGGUAGCAGUUUGUUGUCGGCUACAAGUAUUUAAUCACAUCGCGUUAGACUAAGAUCCCCCCCCCCCCCCUGCACAUGCUUAUUUUUCAUCAUUAAGUGCACAAGGUGUUUAAUACAAGUUGUAAGGUGGAGGAUGCAAUGUGCCAAACGUGACAAUGCAAUUAAGGUCUUACACACUGUAGUCUUUCCUGUGAUUUGAGCCUUUGUGGUCUGAAUUCGGGUAGACUUGUCUGCUGCGCUGUAGCUACUUUCUAAAUGUGCACAAAUAAAAUGUAGUAGACGAGCAGAAGAGGAAAAUAGGAAUGCCACUUGUUGAGCAUUGGAGCUCAUGUUGGCUGUACACAUCCUGCUGAUUUCAACUUUGCAUAUUGUGUGUUCAGUUAGACUGGUUUGCCUACAAAUAUUUUGAUUUUUUUGUUUGUUUUUUGUUUUUUUAUUCUUCUCCAUGUAGUCUUUUUAGUUACCUCUUCGUUUCUUCCUGUCAUGGAAGACGACCUUUCUACUUUUAAGUGAGAUUAAGUGAAAUAUGUUAAGAGUACAUUUUGUGAUCCUUAAGCAUUUGAUUUUUAAGAGCUUUGGCUUGCUUGGGUGCUAUGUAAACUUUGUGAGGAGUCUGAUUACAGAAAAUCCAACCAAUGCAAAUAAAACAAGAUCUUUA